AAAAUGGAAGAGCAAAAACAAUUAAGAAUUCUCUGUUUUCACGGCUAUCGUCAAAGUGCAGAAAUUUUCCAGAGAAAAUCUGGUGCAUUGAGGAAAGCUUUAAAAAAUCGUGCAAAAUUUGAAUUUAUUUCUGCCCCAUUUACAAUAAAUAAUUUAAACGGAGAGGAAGAAGAGGAAGAAAAGAAAGAAGGCCGUGCCUGGUGGUUCUCUAAUCGUGAACAAAGAUCUUUUUCCUCAAGGGAAAUUUGUACAAUUGCGGAUGGUUUUGAAGAAUCAAUUAAAUAUACACUCGAAUUUAUUAAAAAUAAGGGACCAUUUGACGGCUUUCUCGGUUUUAGCCAAGGAGCUUCUUUUAUCUAUUUGUUAUUUGCGUCAAAUCCUUCAUUAAAUAUUCGUUUUGUGAUAUUAUUUUCUGGAUUUAAAAGUCUUUCUAGUUUUCAUAAUCAAUUUAAUUUUGUUAAAAUUUGUGUUAAAAGUUUGCAUAUUUGGGGAUUAAAUGAUGAGUUCUUAAAUAUGCCAAUUUUACAAGUUUUCACAAACAUUGCUUCAAAAUCAAUUCCUUCAGAAUUUUCACAAGCUACGAAAAUUAUUGCGAAUUUGACUGGGAAAAAAGAAAAUUCUGUAAUGGUAGGAAAAUAUUUCUUUUAUUUUUUAAAUUUUUCCAAGGUUCUAGUUAAUGCUGGGAAUGUUGGCUGUUUUGGAAGUUCUAACGAUCCAUUUAUUUAUGCCGAACUUCAAUCAAUUGGGGGAUUUACUGAUCCAAACAAAGUAACUGGGGAAAUGACAAAACUUUUUACCGAACAUUUUGGGGUUCCUGGCAAUCGAGUUUAUAUGAAAUUGACUGGGCCUGAUGCAAAUCAAAUUGCUUGUGAUGGAAAAUUAAAAGGAUAAUUUUUAGAGAAUUAAUGUGCUCAAUUAUUUCACUUAUUAGUAAUUCAAGAUAUAUUUUUUUAUUUAUUUUUCCAAUUGAAUAUUUAUUUUUAAUUAAUUGUUGAAUCGACAAUUUUAUUUUUUUGUUGAAUAAGCUUUUUUGUUUUGUCCUUUGUAGUAGUAAAUUUUGGUUUUUAUU